UAAACAAAGAUAUCUUGCAAAUGAUUAUCAUAAUCAUCAAUAUAAUUUCGAGUCUUUGUGAGAAUUUUAAGGCUUCAAAUGCUAUACGGUCCAUUUCUUGUAUAUAUCUUCUCUCCUACGUGAAAGAAAUUUUUCAGUGGUAGAAGAUCUCAAUCUCAAUAUAACUGUCAUAACUGAUAUAUAUUCCACAAAGGAAAUGGUGUUUCAUACAGGCUUCCCAUUGUGCAGAGGAAAAUCAUCAUCUUCUUCUUCCAUGAAUAUCAAUGAACCCAUCAAGUUAUUUUCUUCCCUAAUCAGCGAUAUCGAGAGGCUAAAAACAUCACUAGCUGGAGAUUCCAUAACCCUCAAAUGGUGCUCUGAAGCCAUUAAUCUCCUGAGGAAGAUGCACUCUCAUUUUCUUCUGUUUUUUGAGAAAUAUCACUUACCCGUUUUGUGGGAUGGUACAGAUAUCUUGGAGGAGUACAUGAAAGCGACAUUAGAUCUCCUUGAUUUAUGCAACUCUCUAAAAUCAGCCAUUUCUGGGAUGCAAAGAUACAGGCUAAUAGUUGAGUUUGCUGCAGGCAAGUUGCGAAAUGGUGGGAAUAUUUCAGAUGCAACUACCAAGAUCACUGAGAUUGAGAGAUUAGUAAGUGAGAGUAAGAAGAUUUAUGGAGUUGAGAAGUGGAAAGAUAUGAAUUUGUUCAAGACUGAAAUGCCUAAAACUAGAAGCAAGGAUAGCACCAUCUGUUUUAUCUAUGCCAUUAAAAGCAGCAUGAGAUUGGUAGGCAUGCUGCUUUUUUCUGCACUGCUCUAUCCAAUUUCAAUUACAAUGGAUAAGGAAGUUUACAGGAGGGUGUCUCCUCAGCUAAAAUCAUUCUCAGUUUCAAUUGGGAAGCUUGUGGGUUGCUUCUUGAAGGUACUUGAGGGGGUCAAAGACAAAUCAAUGCCAAUUUUGGUUGAGAAUAAGGUUAUAGAGAAGGCAGUUUUGGAUAUUAAAGCUCAUGUUUUGAAGGAAAAAGCUGUUGAUCAAGAGAAGCUUAUCAAUUUGCUGAAGCAAAGCUCUCUGGUUCUCAAAGAAGGUAUGGAGAUGUUUGAAUCUGUAGUGGAUGAGCUGUUUGAAGAGGUUGUCAAUGGAAGGAAUAAGGUGCUGGCUAUGGUUGAUGUUAAUUACUGAGAUUAGAUCUUCUGCUAGUGUAUUUUGAUAAAACGAUGAAUAAGAAGAGCUUAUGAA